CAUCUGUCACUUGCGCCGAUCUUUUGCCUUGCGAGUCGUGUUGUUGUCGCACGUGUACUCCCGAAUUUCCACGCGAAAAAAUGGAUAAACCAGUAGUUUUGGCUCGCGUAAUUAAAGUUUUGGGCCGUACCGGGUCCCAGGGCCAAUGUACCCAAGUGAAAGUCGAAUUUAUCGGCGAGCAAAACCGUCAGAUCAUCAGAAACGUGAAGGGGCCAGUGAGGGAGGGCGACAUCCUCACCCUGUUGGAGUCCGAACGUGAAGCCAGGAGGCUCAGAUAGGCCCAUAUUGAGGUUCGAGACAAUUGGGGACCUGACCAGCCGCCCUGUACAUGUUAAGUUUCUAAUUAUAAGUUUUUUAAUGUAAUAAAAGGCUCCUACAAACAAAA